AUGCGCUGCGUGGCGCAGACGUAUGAUUGGGGCAUCAAGGGCAGCGGGAGCACGGUGGGUCGGCUUUACGCGCUGGGCACGAGCGGCAGCGCGGAGGCGGCUAAGGACGACGUGCCGUACGCCGAGCUCUGGAUGGGCACUCACCCCAGCGGGCCGUCGCUUGUGCUGCCGUCCGCGCAAUCGGAUGAGGUCGAUGCCUCGUGCCCCGCUCUCGUCAAGGCCGACGCCGCAGCGGGCGAGCCGCAGCUGUUGCAGGACUGGCUCGACGCGCACCCCGAGGCUCUGGGCGCCACGGUGCAGCACAAGUGGCCCGGCCAGCUUCCAUUCCUCUUCAAGGUACGUUGCUGCAUGGUACUGAGCGUGGCGAAGGCGCUGUCGAUCCAGGCGCACCCAGACAAGCGGCUGGCGGAGCGGCUGCACGCGACGCAGCCGAAGAACUACAAGGACGCCAACCACAAGCCCGAGAUGGCGCUCGCCGUCACCAACUUCGAGGCGCUCUGCGGCUUCGUCACCUCGCGGGAACUCCGCGAAAGCAUUCAGUCGGUGCCGGAACUGCGGAUGGCCAUCGGCGAACACACGGCGGACAGCGUGCUGAGAGCCAGCAAGAACGGAGUCAACGGAGUCAAUGGGGUCAACGGCGUCAAUGGGGUCAACGGCGUCAACGGCGCUCAUGAAGCGCAGGAGUGUGCGGAGCGAAGGGCGUUCAAGGACGCGUUCAGAGCGCUGAUGACGCAAGACGGCGCCGUGAUUGAGAAGCACCUCUCGAGCCUCGUUGCGCGGCUGCAGGCCGAAUCCAAGGAGCGCGAGCUGUCGGACAAGGAGCAGCUGGUGCAGCGGCUGGAGCAGCAGUACCCGGGCGAUGUGGGCGUGCUGUCCGCCUUCUUCCUCAACCACGUCACGCUGCUGCCCGGCCAGGCCAUCUGCCUGGCGGCCAACGAGCCGCACGCGUACCUGGCGGGCGAGUGCAUCGAGUGCAUGGCGGCGUCUGACAACGUGGUGCGAGCGGGCCUCACACCCAAGUACCGUGACACGGACACACUCACCACCAUGCUCACCUACAACCAGGGCCGCCCCCAGCUGCUCAACGGCGACCGCGUCACCCCGCACGUCACACUCUACACGCCGCCCUUUGAGGAGUUUGAGGUCGAAAAGAUCUCAGUGCCCCUCGGGCAGACAGCAGCCCUGCCGGAGAUAUCUGGGCCGUCCAUUCUGCUGGUGUUCCGCGGGUCUGGAGCCAUCUCGGUGGCCCCAGCCAACGGGCUGAUUAAGGUGCAUGGGUGCGCGGCAGCAGUGGCUGCGGCGCCAUCAUACGUGCAGGGCGUGCACGUGGGGGACAUUUUCUUUGUGCCCGCGGGGAGCAACAAGCUGCUGGCGUCCGCUGUGGUGGAGACGGACGGGACACAGAGUGAGGAGGUGCUGGAGAUGUACCGCGCUCGCGUGAAUGCACACGUGUGCUGA